AUGGAGGAGCGGGAUGAUCUAGAUACUGAGAUAGCAAAGCUUGUUCAUCAGGCUGCCAAGUAUAACAUUCAGCGUUUCCAUAAUGCAAUGGAAAUUAAGGAUCUUCUUGUUGAAGCUGUGAGUUACAGACGAAUUUUUAUUGAACAACGUAUGGCUUUCAUUGAAUUUGAUGCAAAGAUUGGAGAAAUGGAUGCCAAUCUGAAGCAGCAUGAGAAUUUGGCCCUGCAAGCAUCAUUGCAAUUAGAAAACUGUAAGAAAGAAUCUGAAAAUUGUAGACAGAAGCUUGCAGAUUCCUUGAAGUAUGCUAAAUCAAUUGCUCGGCUUACACCUGAGUUAAAAAAGGAAUUUCUUGAGAUGCCUACUACAAUUGAAGAACUGGAGGCAGCUAUCCAGGAUACUACUUCUCAAGCCAAUUCAAUUCUCUUUGUCAAUCAUAACAUAUUGGAACAAUAUAAAGAUCGUGAACGACAGAUAGAAGAUCUUGCGGCAAAACUGGAAGCAGACAAAAAGGAAUCUGCUAGGUGUUUGGCUGAAUUAAAUUACAUUAAGGGAAAAUGGCUUCCAACAUUGAGAAACCUUGUGGCAAAGAUAAAUGAAACUUUUAGUUUUAAUUUCCAAGAGAUGGCCGUUGCUGGAGAAGUUUCACUAGAUGAGCAUGAUAUAGAUUUUGAUCAAUAUGGAAUACUUAUAAAAGUUAAAUUCAGAGAAAAUGGACAUCUUCAGGCUUUGAGUGCCCAUCGUCAAUCUGGAGGGGAGCGAUCAGUUUCAACUAUUGUUUAUCUUGUUUCCCUUCAAGAUCUGACAAACUGCCCAUUUAGAGUUGUUGAUGAGAUAAACCAAGCUCUCUACAGACGGUCUUUGACUGUGUUUUUAUCAGGAAUGGACCCAAUCAAUGAAAGGAAGAUGUUUCAGCAAUUAGUGAGAGCAGCAAGCAAGCCAAAUACACCCCAGUGUUUCUUACUUACCCCGAAAUUGUUACCAGAUCUGCAAUAUAGUGAGGCAUGCAGUAUAUUGAAUGUCAUGAAUGGCCCUUGGAUUGAGCAACCCUCGAAGGUCUGGACUUCUGGUGAUCGGUGGAGUAUUGUCACGGGACUUGUUGGAGACACUCUUUGUUAA